UUUUGGAAGCACAGUGAUAACUAAGAAACCCAAAUCAGAAGAGGCGCAAGGGGCUUCGAAAUCGCCUGUUCCGUCAACGAACCACCAACGCGAGGGCGAAAAACGUGUCUUCUUCUCCUCAGGAACACGCUCCAAGAAAGGCAAGCAUGGCGCCCGUUCUGGGCUACUGGGACAUCCGGGGAAAGGCUCAAAUGAUCCGGAACCUGCUCGUCUACAAGGACGUCGCUUUCGUGGACAAGCGGUAUUCGUACGGACCGCCUCCGGAUUACGUCGGCGCCGAGUGGCAAGCCGACAAGUCCUCUCUGGGCCUAAAGUUUCCCAACUUGCCGUACUACAUCGACGGAGAUGUCACGCUGACACAGAGCCUCGCCAUCCUGCGCUACCUCGGCAGGAAGCAUGACCUUGCUGGCAGAACUGAGGAAGAGGUCACUCAACUAGACCUCCUGGAGCAGCAGGCUCUAGACCUUCAAAAGAAACUGGCCCAAACCGCAUUUGACUCGAACUGGGAGGAGGCCCGAAAGAAGUACGAAACAAGCUUGGAAAACGAACUCAGACCCUGGAAUGAGUUUCUCCACGGACGAGCGUGGGCCCUGGGCGGAAGACUGACCUACGUGGACUUCAUGCUCCACGAAGCCCUGGACUGGAUUCGCGACUUUAAACCUGAGGCUUUCCAGCGUUUCCCAACUCUGCUCAAAUACCUUAACGAGUUUGAAGAGUUGCCCAACAUUAAGCAGUACAUGGCGUCGGAGAAAUACCGCAAGCAUCCUUUUAUGCGUAGAAAAUGGACGUGGGGGGUCAAGAAAACGUCGUGCCAGUUUUGAAAAACGUAACUAGGCUU